GAGAUAUUGGACGCCAUCUCCUUCCAUCGGGCGUUGUCGCCGGGCCAGGAGAAGAACAACUGCUGCCAGCUGGCCUGCCUCAGCCUGAAGCAGAUCCAGGACGCGUUUUCCGGGACCGAGUCGGAAGCCACCUUCGACGCGACGCGAAAGAGCGUCGUGUCGAAGUUCAAGGCGCUCACACGCCUGGGUGCCUUUCCGGGUGUGCCGGCGGAGGUGAUCUGGAUGAUCGCCGAGCACAGCGAAGUCAGUGUCUUCGAGAAAGAUGACAUCAUCGUCAAAGAGGGAAGUUGUGGACCUAUGGAGUCCAUGAUCAUCAUCGAAAGCGGCGCCGCAGAUGUGGAGAUGGUGAUGUUUGACCGCGAGCUCCUCGAGGCCCGAGGCUGCCGGAUCGCCAAGCUCUUGCCAGGCGCCAUCAUCGGAGAUGUUUGUUUCGUCGAAUCCUGGGUCUCACGCCCCGCCUCUGUAGUGGCCAGGGAGCAGGUGCGCGCCUUCCAGAUCUCCUCCAGGGCGCUUCUGGAGGUCAUGGCGUGCUAUCCAGGCAUGGCCUCGAUCUACAUGUCGCGCACUCGGGACACGUCCGUUGUCCUGCAGCGGAGCCUUACGAGGCCGCAAGAUGUGCUUGCUGGCAUGAAGCUUUUCUACGGCAUGGAGCCCGGCUUCAUCCGGCUUUUGGCCAACAUCUCUGAGCGAAAGAUGAACUUCCUGGGGGACGUUGUCAAGGAAGAAGGAAGCACAGACCGAACGCUUCGGCUUCAAGAGUUCGGCAAGGUCCGUGCAGAGACGGAAGCCGAAGGGUGCGUCUCCAUCACCGAUGUUGGCACCGUGCUGGGUGAGAAGAUGUUCUUGGGCUGGCGCACACGUUCCCAGGCGACCUUCCGCGUGGCCACGCCCAUCGCGGUGAUGCUGUGGAUCGCGCAGCAUCACUUCGAGGGCCUCUUGGAGAGCAACCCCUCCGAAAAUGCCUACUUCCGUGGCUUAGAGGAGAAGGAGACUGACGGAGGCACGGAGGCCGUGAAGCACAAGGCGGAGGAUCUUCAGCUCUUUCGGGGCUGUGGGCGGAGCUUUACGCAGGACAUUGGCAGCUUCAUCGGCCGACGAGCCUAUAAACCUGGUCAGGCCAUCGUUGUGCAAAAGGCUGCGGAUGGCGGAUCGCUCUUCAUCGUGACGGGCGGCCGCGCCGCAGUGCUGAUCUACAGCAAGGUCAAGGAGGAAAUCUCAACCGGAGACGUCUUUGGUGAGCUUGCACUCUUGGGUCUGGUGCUGCGACGGGCUGCCACCGUGGCCGCCAUCACAUACUGCACCUGUCUCGAGAUGCCGAAGAAGGCCUUUGUGAAAGCCCUGGAUCGGCACCCCGAGGAGAUCGAACACUUCGAACAGCUGACCAGGCUCCAUGGCGCCGCGGUGGCGAAAGAGAUGGGCACCUGGCCCUUUCUCACGAAGGCCACGGAACGCCUGCUCUACUACGUGAACCUCCACGCCUCCCGCGAGAGCACUCCGGUGGGUCAGUGGACCAGCCGGGAUGGCGUUGAGAUUCCGACGGACAUGGCCUUCCUGGUCGUCUCAGGAGAGAUCUACGUGUCUGAAAACAGCGGCCGGCGCAUGCUCAUGGCAGAAGGCAGCUGCUUCGGAGAGCACAUACUCAUCGGCCUUCCUACGUCGACCUUGAAGAUCGAGCCGAAGACGGCUUGUGAGCUGCAGAUGAUGAACCGACAGACUUUCGAAAGAAUCAUGGCCGAGUGCCCGGACGAGCGUGACACGACCGUGCAGGGUAUCCUCAAUGAGAUGGCUAUCAAGGCGGAAGUCAAGCUUGGUGUGACACGAGGUGCUUCGGAGAUUCUCAAGCGGAGCGCCGUGUUCCGAGCUGCCAGCGAGGAGUUCAUCGAUGACGUCCGACCGCGCAUGUAUGCUUGCCUGUACAAGGAUAGGGAGGUCAUCUGUGAUGAGAAGGAGGUGGCCGACCACAUGUUCAUCAUCGUCAGGGGCCACGCCGCGGUGCUCGGCGACUCGGGGGAGGAGGAGGACUCAGUUCUCCGUUUCAAAGCAGGCACCGCAUGCUGCGAGUCCGCCAUCCUUGGCACCUGCACCUACUUUCCCUAUGCCGUGAAGGCCAUGAGCCUGUGCCUGGCCCUGACGCUCAGCCGCAAAGACUUCGAGGCUGCCCUGGACAAGUUCCCACACGAGAAGCAGAUGUUCGCCAAGCUCCUGGAGGACGAGGAAUCACAGGACAUGCUGUUCAGCCUGCCCCGCGUCCUGAAGAUCAACCACCUCCUUUUUCAGUCGUCGAGCAUCGACUUCCUGCGGAAGAUGUGCGAGUUCGCGGACGAGGUCUACUACGCCCCUGGCGAGACCAUCAUCAUCCGAGGAGAGAGCUGCGCCGUCGGCAAGACGGUCAUGUACGUGCUUCUGUCCGGCGUGGCCAUCGUGCGGCUGUCCUUCGGCGAUGAGGUUGCACAAAUUCAGCCAGGGAUGAUGAUUGGCGAAGGCGGAGCACUGGGGAUCACGGACAAGCGGUCCACCGAGAUCUGCGCCCACAAGGACACCUUCAUGCGCUGUAUUCGGCUACAAGGCGCGUCGAUUCGCAAGGCGAUCGAUGCCCACCCAGAGGACUGCGAAGCAUUGGAACAGACCUUCAAGAAGCGCUCCCAGCAGAACGCCCAGGCCGAGGGUCGGCGCCGCGAGUGGCUCCAGAGCCAAGUCAUACCCAUCCUUCGUCAUUGCAACCUUUUCAUGGGCUUCUCCAUGAAGCUGAUCUCGAAGAUUGCGGAGCCGCUCCUGAAGACGACGAUCCUGGAGGGCAAGGACCUGUGCACCGUUGGGGAGAGCUCCGACUCCAUGAUUAUGGUGGUCGAUGGCGAGGUGGAGAUCAAGUCCAAGGACGGCAAAGUUGAUGUUUCUGGGCUCAGGGGCCUCAGCUUCAAGGAUAUGAGAAAGCUUACUUGA